AUGGCCCCCACGCAGACCAUGCCCAGUCACAGUCCCAUACCGGAGACGUCGACUUCGCACCCACACGACCCAAUUCCCAUUGAGCCUCGCACCAUUCCCCAGCUCUCCCUGCGCCCGGCCGAGUCACAGCCACAGCCCGAGCAGACGUCACCUAAGUCGCCCAAGUCGUCGGGCGAGUCGAUCCUAUGGAGCACCAACAGCAGCGAUGAGUCGGAAGCAGCCGUGACUCCCGCGACCGAGCCCGACCGCGCCGUCGACGAGGUGGUCGACAAGCUCGAGGACCUUCCUGCCGCGGCCGUAAACUUCAAUGGGCAGGCGCGGCCCCGACGCGCCUCCACCACGCUCAUCUCAGACAGCCCGACCGACAUCAGACGGAUCCUGGGCGAUGGCGAGACGGCCACAAAGCUCAUAAGCCAGUGCUGCGGCGGCGGAUGCUGUCUGCUCAAGACAUUGGCCCCAGAUGCCUCCUCUGACACCUUCGUGCCUGUCGUCGUACCCGAUAAUGCCGCCUUCAGGAGCCUCAACCUGCGUUUGGGCCCGCUGUCCCUCGACAGCGAGCUCACAGACACGACGCCAUUGCCGCCGGUGAACAUGUCCUUUGAGGGUCUCCCGAAGGAAACCAAGCACGUGUCCGAGGUCCACAAGACGCCGCCCAAGUACGUCCAGCCGCACCCGCCAUACCAGGUCUACUCUGCGCCGCUGUACCACGCCCGCGAGUUGACCAAGCCGGGCGCCGAGAAGAGGACAUACCACUUCGACAUCGACGUCACCGACUACCCCGACGAGGGCGGCGUUGACUUCAAGGUCGGCGGUGCGAUUGGCAUCUGUCCACCAAACUCACAGGAGAUCGUCGACGAGCUCUUCGACAUUCUCUGCAUCCCCAAGUUUGUCCGCGACAAGCCAGUCACACUCAAGACGUCGACCGGACGAUGGCCGACCAUCUGGGGCGAGGACCAGCCCCGCGAGCUGAGCACCACGCGCCGCGAACUACUAACCUGGUGUGUAGACGUGCAGUCCCACCCGCCUACGAAGAAUCUCCUACGCGUCAUGGCUGAGCACGCAGAUGCGCCAAACGAGAAGAAGAUUCUCACAUACCUCUGCUCCGCGCAGGGUCAAGCAGCUUUCUGCGAUCUACGAACCUCCUCGCACCUCACACUCGCACAGCUGCUCAACGCCUUCCCAUCCUCGAAGCCGCCGCUACCAGACCUCCUCUCUGUCCUCACUCAGCUCAUGCCACGCUUCUACUCCCUGUCGAACGACCCUCACGUCUCAUCUGCACGCCCUGGCCUCCCCGGCAAGCGCCGCCUCAUCGAAAUGGCCGUCACCAUCCACGAGACGCCUAAUUGGCAGCCCGAACGCCCAACGCGCACAGGCGUAGGAAGCGGCUUUAUGGAACGCAUGGCUCACACCUUCAUAUCGGCGGAGAACGAGGGCAUCGACCCCAGGAGCAUCCUCGAUCUGCGCAUCCCCAUGUUCCGAGGACUCAUGGCCAACCCACUCUCCAAGCAAUUCGGGGGUGAGGGCCCAAUGGUGCUCAUUGGCGCUGGUGUCGGCAUGGCUCCCUUCCGAGGCUUCAUCUUGAACAGGCUGAAGAACGCCAACUGCGCCAACAAGAUCUGGCUGAUCCAGGGUGUGCGCGAUUCCAUGCUGGAUGAGCUGUACUCUGGCGAGCUUGGCGAUCACGAGAAGGAGAUCAAGAAAGUCGUGCAGAGCCGCAAGGUCAAGACUGGCGAAUCGAGCGAAGUCAAGUACGUCCAGGACGAGGUGCGCGUGCAGGCCGAUAUUGUGUGGUUCGUCAUCAACGCGCUUGACGGCCGCAUUUUCGUCUGCGGCAGUAGCAAGGGCAUGGGCGAGGGUGUGGAAGAGUCGCUUAUGGAAGUUGCCAUGCAGAAGGGCGGCAUCAGCAGAGCCCAGGCGAAGGAGUUCUGGGCACAGAAGAAGCUGGAUGGCCAGUACAUUGCCGAAACUUGGUAAUUUCAAACGAUCGUCUCAAACUUGUAUAUACCAUAUCACGAUCUCGCACCUGGACCGUUUUUCCUAUAAGUGCAUCAUCACAUCUGGCAAAGAAAAAGGCGUCAACAUAGACAAAGCAUCAUGCGCGGGCACACACAUUGUUAUUAGAUGAUUUCAGAGCCAUCUCUCGCGAAACGGGGAGUUUAUCGGAGCCCGACACCUUUCUGAAGACAUACGAGCAUGGCGUUUCACAUUUGGGUGGAGUUUUGAAUUUUGACUGGCCGUAAUUUGACGGCUUUGUAGUUGAAAUUGGCAGGGGAAAGAGAACGGCUUGUGUUGAUAGUUGAUAAUAAAGAGAUGUCAUAUUA